AUGGAUACCCACUCGGCUCACCUCACUGCUACCAAUCGUUCCCGCAGUUCUCAAUCCCCUUCCCCAUCCCACUCCGCUUCCGCCUCUGCCACCUCCUCCAUCCACAAGCGCAAAUUGGCCUCCGAGGAUCACGUACCUCCUUUCCCUCCAUCUUUUUCCGCCGAAACACGCGACGGGGCGCUAACAUCCAAUGAUGACCUUGAAAGCAUCUCAGCUCGCGGCGGCGGCGCUGACUCCGACUCCGACGACGAUUCUGACGAUGCCGUGGUCGAGGACGACGAGGAUGACUUCGAUAAUGAUUCUUCCAUGCGUAACUUCACCACUGCUCGACUUGAGAACAGCGGUCCUGGCGGUUCUGCUUCAGCAUCUGCCUCUGCUUCGGCUGCGCGUACAACCAAGAUCAAGCCAAAUGCAACGGUGAAGAUCGAAAAUGCGGAUAUCAACAAGGACGGAGGCACGGUUGGUGGAACCAAUGCAGCGGGUUCUGCAGCUGGGACAACGGGAAAUUCCGUGUCCGGAAUUGUCGUGAAGGAAGAUACUUCGAAAAUUUUUGCCGACAGUGUACAGACCAGCGGUGCCUAUAUUUCCAGAGAAGAGAACUUAAAGAGAGAGGAGGAGGCUGCGUUACUCAAAUUUGUCUGCCUUUCAAACGACGGUGUUGAUGAGCAUAUGGUUUGGUUAAUUGGAUUGAAGAAUAUUUUCGCCCGACAACUACCUAACAUGCCCAAGGAAUACAUUGUUCGUCUUGUUAUGGACAGAAACCAUAAGUCAGUGAUGGUUAUAAGACGAAAUCAAGUUGUUGGUGGCAUCACAUAUCGCCCAUAUGUCAGUCAAAAAUUUGGCGAGAUAGCCUUUUGUGCUAUUACAGCUGAUGAGCAAGUAAAAGGAUAUGGUACCAGAUUGAUGAAUCACUUUAAACAGCACGCACGUGAUGUUGAUGGCCUUACUCAUUUUCUCACAUAUGCUGAUAAUAAUGCUGUUGGCUACUUUACUAAGCAG